AUGGAAAGCAGCAAGACGACGAUAUGGAAAUAUGAAUUCAAACAGUCAAAAUAUGCUCCAACUGCAAGUAGUCAAGAUGUGGGAGGUUCGGGUUCUAAUCAACAAAAUACUGAUUAUGUGGAUCAACAAGAUGGGACAAAUAUUAAUGAUGCAUUUUUUGAUGAAGAUGGAGAUGAAGUGGUUGAAAAUGCAAAGAUUGAAUUUCAAAACUUGGAGUGGUUUGUCAAAACUUUGUUUCAAGAGUACGAGUCAAGUAAUGCAUCUAAAAAAAGGAAGAGUAAUGGUGUUUAUGGUGGUUUAGUUCCUGGUUCAUCUUCAUUUGGUUAUAGUAUGUCUUUCGGUCAUUGUGUUGGAUUCAAAAAGCUCUUAUCGGAUAUUGCUUCUAUUACUAGAGAUGAUGAUGAAUCAAGAGAAUCAACUUUCAACACUAGCGGAAGAUUAGUAAGUCCUCAUCAUAGUCGACUUCAUCCAAAGACAUUGGAGGCUUUAAUGUGUGCUCAAAGUUGGUUGUUGAAUGAAAUUCGAGAUACAACAACUUGUUCUGAAGAGUCCGAGGCAUAUUGUCGUUUUGUUAAAUUUGAUUAUGAUGUGGAAGAGGAAGAUACUAAAGAAAGUGGGACAACAAGUUUGGAUGAUUUUGUUUGA